GUUUUUCCCACUACUAAGCGAUCUCGUGGGACCCAGUUUAGCUUUUUAUUUCGCCGUUGUGUGGAUUUGGUCCAUAAGUUAUCAUGAACUUCUGGUUCAUCGCAUUAAUCCUACUUUCAGGAACAAACUGGUUUGUGCAGCGGAACAGAAAGAAGAUCUUCCUAUUUACAAAGAUUUUGUAGCGGGAGCUGCUAUAAUGGGAGCGAUCGAUUUGGAGAAGCAAUUUGCAUUUUAUGGAGCUUAUCACAGUGACAAGACUAAUAUCCUUAUCCAUACCAUAUUUGUGUGGCCAAUUUUUUUCACUGCGCUAGUAUUGGAAUCUUUCACCCCUGCUUUUGGUCCGCUGCCCAUCGCACCAGGAACCUUCCCCUUCCAGGAGUAUAUGGUACUGAAUAUGGGUUUUGUGACAGCUGUUUUAUAUGCUCUGUUUUAUAUUAUGAUGGAUAAGAAAGCAGGCACAAUAGCAGGAGUCAUCUGCCUUCUUUGCUGGGUUAGCAGCAAUGCCCUUGCUCAGAGAUUGGGGUUUUCCUUAGCGUGGAAGGUGGUCCUUGUUUCUCAGUUGGUUUGCUGGACAGGUCAAUUCAUAGGACAUGGAGUUUUUGAGAAGCGAGCACCUGCACUUUUGGAUAAUCUUGUUCAAGCUUUCUUAAUGGCUCCAUUUUUUGUCCUGCUUGAGACCCUCCAAAAGUUCUGUAAUUAUGAACCUUAUCCUGGUUUCAAGAAGAGCGUACAGGCAAAAGUGCAAGCAAAUAUAAAGGAAUGGAGAUUGAAGAAGCAGAAAAAAUCUGCAUAAUUGGCUUGCCUAUUAAACUUUAGCAGACUUCCUAGUUAAUAUCAAACAUGCUUUAUGAAUUUAUUUAUUUUCAAAGUAAAUUUAUCCAUCACUAUUGUUGUUAGUGUUGAUGUGCAAUUGUACAUAUUGCUGAGAGAUAUAAUUGUACAGUGAUAAAUUAGGAAGGAAAAUUGAUUGCAAUAAAAUAGUUUCACCCAUGCACACAUUUAAUUUUAAAUGAAUUAAUUAAUCUCAUGUUUCAUAUAUAGUGCGAUCUGCAGACAGUUCAAGCAGCAAGAAAAACUUGUAUAGUUGGCUUGCCAAUUGGACUUAAGCAGAGACUACUUGGUCAAUAAGAAGCAUGCUGUAUGAAUCUCUUCUCGAAGCAGAUUCAUCCAUUCAGUUGA